UAAAUUAAAUAUCGAUACUUUCUGAAUACAUAUUAAUUGUACUUGGAGUAAAUAAAAAUCUUAUGUUAAGAUAAACAUAUAAUAAAUAUAAUUGUAAUAUUUUAAAACUGUAAGAAAUUAAAAGGUCCGUACUAAGCUUGUUGAAUUGUAAAAUUUUCCAGUUCUGGAUAUAUUUGCCACGAAACACUUAAUAUAAAAAAUGGCCGAAUCAUUACCAACUAGUACAAGCAUUGAAGGAGCUGCUACUUCGGUAGAUUCACAUCCUAACGCCGAAGUUAUAAGAGGGCAAAUAUUUGAAGUGGCACCGAGAUAUACCAAAUUAGCAUAUAUAGGUGAAGGAGCUUACGGGAUGGUUGUGUCUGCCGAUGAUACAUUAACAAACCAAAGAGUUGCAAUUAAAAAGAUUUCACCCUUUGAGCACCAGACAUAUUGCCAACGGACUCUUAGAGAAAUAACAAUUUUGACUCGAUUUAAACAUGAAAAUAUUAUUGAUAUUCGAGACAUUUUGAGGGUAGACAGUAUUGAACAAAUGAGGGAUGUUUAUAUAGUCCAGUGUUUAAUGGAGACUGAUUUAUAUAAACUAUUAAAAACACAGAGGCUAAGCAAUGAUCACAUCUGUUACUUCCUAUACCAGAUUCUGCGCGGAUUAAAGUACAUACAUUCGGCAAACGUAUUGCAUCGGGACUUAAAGCCUAGCAAUCUUUUGUUAAAUAAGACUUGCGAUUUAAAAAUUUGUGACUUUGGAUUAGCGCGAAUCGCCGAUCCCGAACACGAUCACACAGGAUUUUUAACCGAAUACGUAGCAACCCGAUGGUAUCGGGCUCCUGAAAUUAUGCUUAACUCAAAAGGAUACACUAAGUCCAUUGAUAUUUGGUCAGUUGGUUGCAUUUUAGCAGAAAUGCUAAGUAAUCGACCUAUAUUUCCUGGAAAACAUUACUUGGAUCAACUUAACCACAUUCUUGGCGUGCUGGGUUCACCAUCUCGUGAAGACUUGGAGUGCAUUAUUAAUGAAAAGGCGCGCAAUUAUUUAGAAUCAUUACCAUUUAAACCGAAUGUACCGUGGUCCAGGCUUUUUCCUAAUGCUGAUGCAUUGGCCUUAGAUCUGCUCGGAAAAAUGUUGACUUUCAACCCGCACAAGCGAAUUCCUGUAGAGGAAGCACUCGCACAUCCUUAUUUGGAGCAGUAUUAUGAUCCUGGAGAUGAGUACCACGGAUGCCGAAAAGUCUACAGACUAAGGACCUAUUCGUCUUUUGCAUUUCAGAGUUUUUAUUACGGACUCUUCGACUUUCACCACGAUGCCGUCAAAAUUUCGCCAUUAUAGCGGUUUCUCCCUUGCCCCUUCACUCGGACGAAUUGGAUCACCCCAAUUGUGUAGCUUCAAUAGACUGUACUGGCAACUGGCUGAAAUUUCAUUCUCAUACCUAUCAUACUUUUCAAGAAUUCCAGAAAAUACAGCAGGUUUUGGGGGCAACAAGGUAGAAUUACGAGAGCUUUUUAUUUAUAAAACAUGAGCCAACAUUUUUUUUUUGGAAAAUGAUCUAAAGUUUUCCCGUCUGUCUAAAACCGAACAAAUUGCUUCCUUCUGCCCGCUGUUUGUUUGGCAGGAAUUCUUUGGGUAUGAAUACUUUAUUUUUCCUAUUUUGCAGUUAUGGUACAUUGACGCCCUAAGAGACAUCGGGCCUCUGAGGCUCGGCUUGCACUUUUGUGUAUGUUAAAUAUCUUAGUGUCUUUGUAAAAUACACUGGAUAUUAAUUUUAGUAAACCCUUUGACUUUAAUAUUCAUUCGGUACAAAUCAAAUAUAAUUUCCAUGGACAAUCCCUGCAAGCAAAAUUCACUACAGGGUGCUCCAUCUUUUAUGUCGGAAUGUAAACAUGGAAUAACUUUGAGAAAAAACGACCGAUUUCUAUAAAUGAUAAUAAAUAUUUUGUAAUUGCUUUAAUAUUUUGUAAUAUUUUUGGACACUUUAUUGAUAUUUUUUUUCAAAAACUAGCCGAAAAAAGUUGCAAGGAUCCAAACUGAAUAAAAAUACAUCAUUAAUAGAAAUCGGUUGCUUUUUCUCAAGGUUAUUCCAUGUUUACAUGCCGACAUAAAAGAUGGAGCACCAUGUAUAAAACGAAAAUGCCCGGCUUGUGCUUUUGAGAGUUAACUUGAGAGCAGACAUAGGUUUCCUUCCCUUUUAGUUUUCGCAUACAUCUAAAAAAAACCAUAAAACUUACCAUAUUUUAUUCUAAUAGGUAACAUUUUUGAAACUAUCGAUAAAUUGUAUUCUACUUUCAUUUUUUUUUUUUUUAAUUUAAAUUUUCUUUAAUAUUUUUCUUUUAAUAUUUUCUUACAUAUUAUUAAAUCAACUUUUUCGAUCAUGUAAAAAAAUUUUUUUAUUCAACUUCUGUAGCCGUUGUAAGAAACGUCUUCAACAAAAUGAUCAGUGAUGCAGUGAUCUCGUUUUUGUCGGUUUGGAAUAUUCCAAAUAAAAAAAUUCUAUUGAUUCUUUCAAAUACAUAAAUGCAGGUAUGGACAAAGGAACAAAAUUACUCUUUUUGGCAAAAUUGGUAAACUUUAAAAAAUUUUAUUUUUUGAAAAUACGUUUUCCAAUGAUAACAGGCGAUGCAGGUUUUUUAUUUUAUUCGUUAGAUAUAUGUAAAAAAUGAAAAAAAAAAUCACAAAAAUAAAUUGUGAUUGUGAAAAAUUGUACGGCAUACUAUAUUUAAUAUUUGAAAUUUUAUUAAAUUGUGAGCGAUGGAACCUGUUUUUUAAAGCAGAUAAAAUUAAACAGAAAGUAAACAAAUUAGAUUGAUAAAAUAAUUUCUCCGGCAUCUUAAAUAAGAAUUAUUAUUUUAAAACAUUCGGAGCUUAAGAUUUGCAAAUUAAGAAAAAACCUUUUUUAAAACCAUUUAAAGGAAAAAUUUUUACGACACUUAUAAUACCUGUAAACUAGAAUACCCCCAAACAUUCUUACCACGGAGAAAAAAACAUUUGAAAUCUAUUAAUGUUUUAAAAUAUAAAAGCUUUUUAAAACAUAUGUAUGUAGGUUUUAAAUCUACCAAACAAAAUUGGAAAAAAUAGAUAUACUUAACCGCUUGAAAAAAUAAAUACUUUCUAUAGAAAAAUUGGUUUGGGUAGCCUAUUAGACAUUAAAAUUCUUUGUUGUUAAUAUGUGUUAAACUCAUUACCAAAAAUAUAUAUAUUGUGCUAUGUGCACAAAUGAUUGUCUUUCAAGAUAUAAUAAGACGGAAUAUAAUAAAUAUCAGCUAAUUAUAAGUUCAUACUAAUUUUUAUCAUCAAAAUUCAAAUAAACAAUGUUCUUUAAUAUUCAACGAA